AUGCGAAGUUGUUGUCUCCGGCAAGCUGAGAGGACAGAGAGCUAAGGCCAUGAAGUUCGUUGACGGCCUAAUGAUCCACUCCGGAGAUCCAAUGAACGAUUACGUUGAUGCUGCAUGCAGACACGUUCUCCUCAGACAGGGAGUUCUUGGAAUCAAGGUCAAGAUUAUGUUGCCUUGGGAUCCUGCAGGCAAGAUGGGACCCAAGAAACCUCUGCCCGAUUAUGUCCAGAUCGUUGAACCCAAGGAGGAUACUCUUCCUCCCAGUCCUUACUCCGAGACCAAGGCCGUGAAGCCCGAUCAGCCUCCAGUCCCUGUCUAAAUCUUGCAAACUCUGGAGAUCUUUUAACAUUUCUCUUUCA